GUGUGUAAUAAUUUAAUUCAGUUUAACAUAACACGCAUUGUACACAUGGAAUUUUGCAAAUUCUGUUCUGCAUCGUCGUCUUCAUCACUCAAAGUCUGCAACAGUACAGUAAAAUUCAAAUUCCUGAUUCUUGAUCACAUACAGGCUGAUAUAUGAUCGAUGGCAACAAUGAUACAGAUCACGAAGAACACUAAUCCUCGUAUAAAUCGAACCUGAUCAGGUAUCAUCUUCCCCAUAUCCACAAAACUUGCAGAAAAAAAUGAUCAAACCCUCCCCCAAAAUCGACAUUCCCGGCGGCAUGAGAAAACCCCUUUUUCUUGCAGCUCUUCUCUUCACCUUCACCUACCUUUUCCUCUUCAAUUUCUACCAGCGCCGACCUUCCGACGUAUUCUCCUCGUACCUGACAUGGCCGCCGUCGUCGCCGCCGCAGACAUCCUCAAUUUCUCCGACCAACCUCAGCCACCUCGUCUUCGGCCUCGUCGGGUCGGAGCGCGCGUGGCGCCACCGGAAAGCCUACAUCGAGUCGUGGUGGCGCCCCAACAUCACUCGCGGGUUCAUCUUCCUCGACAAAGCUCCCGGCCAAGACCUCCUGCCAUGGCCGGAAUCCUCCCCUCCUUACAGGAUCUCCGACGACCUCUCGAAAUUCCUCGGAAAAUCCGAAUGGACGGCGCAGAGGAUCAUUCAUGGGAUAAUGGAAACUUUCAGGGAAGAUCGUGACGACGAGAAUCUCAGGUGGCUUGUAAUGGGAGACGAUGACUCGAUUUUUUUCGUCGAUAAUAUGGUGGAGAUUCUCCGGCGUUAUGAUCAUAGGAAAUAUUAUUACAUCGGGGGUCACUCGGAGUUCAUCCUGUCCAAUUAUUGGUACUCUUUCAGCCAAGGAUUUGGCGGCGCCGGAUUCAUUCUUAGCUAUCCGUUGGCUAAGGUUCUCGCCGGAGACAUGGAAAAUUGCCUCGAUCGGUACCGGAGUUUAAAGGCGGCGGACCUUAAUACCAUGUCUUGCAUUGCCGAUAUCGGUGUCAGCCUCACCGCCCUCGACGGCAUUCAUCAGAUCGAUCUCCGCGGCGACAUAUCGGGAUUUUUGUCGGCACACCCCAAGUUUCCAUUAAUGUCGCUCCACCACUUCGACAUGGUGGAUCCAAUAUUCCCCGGCAAAAACCGGGCGGACGCCACGCGCCACCUGAUGAAGGCGGCGGCGACCGACCAGUCCCGGAUGCUGCAGCAGGCGGUGUGCCACCUCCGGCGGAACGGGUGGACGUUUUCGAUCUCUUGGGGGUACUCGGCGCAGAUCUACGAGAGGAUAAUGCCCCGCAGUUAUCUACAGUACCCGAUCGAGACCUUCAGAACCUGGAACAGAAGUCCCCGGCCGCCGCAUUACAUGUUCAACACGCGCCGCCGCUCCGGCGACCCCUGCGAGGCGCCGCACGUGUUCUUCUACGAGACGAUCGACGGGACGUCGGAGAAUCAGAUUCUGACGAGCUUUUCUCGCGCGUGGGCGCGUGGGGGAAUCGGAAGUUGUGUCUCCGGCGGGAAUCAUUCCGCCGAUUCGGUUUCCAGAAUUAGGGUUUAUUCACCCGCCGUUAAAAGAUUUCAGAUUGAUAGAUGUGAAUGCUGCGAUGUGGUUGCUGAAGAUGGAGACAGAGUGGAUUUGGUGUUGAGGGAGUGUAAUCCAGAUGAGAUCAUUGCUUAGUAUAUAUAUAUAUAUAUAUAUAUACAUAAUUAAUUUGAAUUUUGUAUGUUCAUUUGUACUCCCUCUGUACUAAGUAAG